CAUUGAGAACCGGAGCUGUGCAUGUGCUGUGUAUGUACUAAGUGACCAGAAAAUUGGACUUUUCAGCCUGCUUUUUUAUCUUCUAAAACCACGCUAAAAGCUAGCUCUAAUAACUCUAAGAGCUGUAAGCUUUCAUUGAUGGGGAAACCAACCUGCAAUCUCGGUUAAAAAAUAGUUCUACCUGUGUGCUUAUCUGCCCUGCGGCACCCUGACCGGCUUUCGAGAAUUCACGGCUUCAUCCUCAUAAAAUCUCCGCGAAACAGAGCGAUGCAACUUCUCCAAUGGAUUGAGGAACACAGAUCAAAACUGAAAGCUUCAAACUUCAGUUCUUUCAUCUAGCUAGGUUCGAAGUCUGUGUUUGCCCAAAGUGAAGUGAUUUGGUGGGGAGAAUCCAAGGAAAUAAAAAUAUUUAAUGCCCAUUAACUUCAGUUAGAGCAAUUGGUAUUAAAAAAAAAUCAAAUUGAUGUCACAACAUAAUGAUGCCCAGUACACCUAGGUGAUGGUAACGUGACCUGCUGGCGAAUUGGGUUUUAAUUCUGGUGGAUUUGUGGAUUUUAAUUUUUUUUUUUUCUGUGCUAAUAUUAGGGUGAAUAAGAUGAGAUUUUAAUUUCUUUUUGCUUUAAAGUGUUCAGUUGUGCUGGAAGACCAGAAAUUCCCAGUGCUGUUUGUCAUUACUACAGGAACUUAGAAGGAUCGCUACCAAAUCUUACAUUUAAGUAGUUUAAGUGUUGAAAUUCAACUAUUUAUUCAGGUUGUAACUUCAGUGACUCAUUUAACUGUUUUGUUUCAAGUGGCCUGAAGAUGCUUUUUCCCUGCUAAUGCCCUGCUCCCGCCAGCAGCCUCAUCGGAGCAGCACUGGCAGGCAGAGCGCUGCCUGCGCCUCUGCCCUUCCCCUUCCCGGCUACGGCUCGAGCGAGAGGCCUGAAUGGAUCGCGAGCCAUCCACAAGUUAAAUUUCAGGACUGUUUUUUAGAGCUGGACACGUUCCAUUCUUCAUUCCAAACAAAGCUGAAGCCAGGAAUCACUUUUUCAUGUGUUUCUUCUGUGGCUGCUCACGUCGAUGCCUUGUCCCGACCUCGCUCCUUCCAGAGACGCAGGAGGAACGGUGGAGGUGAUUGAGCUCACUUUGAGCGCAUCUGUCCAUAUGAAGCACUUGUGUAAUACGAAAUUCAUAAAGCUCCAAACCAUCAACUGGAUUAGCUAAGAGGAGAGCGGGGCGAGAGCUGAGCAGGUCUCUCUUUGUUGGGAACCUGCAAAGCAGCUUCUGAAUCGAUCCUGCAGCCGCAGGUCAAGCUCGGAUGGAUUGCCACCCAUCUAAACCUGAGGGAUUUCUAGCCAGCGAUGGCAAAGGGCAGGACAGCAGCUUUGAGGUCCUUCUCGACACGUGGGACUCGUGCUGUGGGGCUCCAGCACCGGCCGUUGAUGAGUAGUGCGGGGAAAAAUUGGCUCCUGGGGACCAGCUUCGUGCUGGGGGAUCCGUCGGGCUUUGGAAGCGAUGCAGGUGGGGGAGCAGCUGAGAGGAGGAGAAAGGUAUGGCUUUGUUGAGUUUGAUGAUCUGCGAGACGCAGAUGAUGCUGUUUAUGAGCUAAAUGGUAAAGAUCUUUGUGGGGAGAGAGUGAUCGUUGAGCAUGCCAGAGGCCCACGUCGUGACAGCAGUUACGGUUCUGGACGCAGUGGAUAUGGUUAUAGAAGAAGCGGAAGAGAUAAGUACGGUCCUCCUACCCGUACAGAAUACAGAUUGAUUGUGGAAAAUUUGUCAAGCCGCUGCAGUUGGCAAGAUCUUAAGGAUUAUAUGCGUCAGGCAGGGGAAGUGACAUAUGCAGAUGCACACAAAGGAAGGAAAAAUGAAGGUGUGAUUGAGUUCAAAUCCUAUUCUGACAUGAAAAGAGCCCUUGAAAAGCUGGACGGGACAGAAGUAAAUGGCAGAAAGAUUAGAUUAGUGGAAGACAGACCUGGAUCAAGACGGCGCCGCUCUUACUCCAGAAGCCGAAGCCAUUCAAGGUCUCGCUCUCGAAGCAGACAUUCUCAUAAGAGCAGGAGCCGCAGUGCCAGUAGUAGUCGCUCCAAGAGUAGAUCAAGAUCCAGGUCUGUGUCCCGUUCCAGAAGCAAGAGCCGUAGUCGAAGCAAGAGCCGUAGCAGAGGCCAAAAAGAGAAAAGCAGGACUCCAAGUAAAGAGGAUAAAAGUAGGAGCCGCAGCAGGAGUGCUGAGAAAUCCCGAAACAAAAGUAAAGAUAAAUCUGAGGGCACUCUCCAUAACAGUGAUGAGAAAGCAAAGAGCAGGAGCUGCAGCAAGGAAAAGAGUAGGAGCAGGAGUGGGAGUAAGGACAGGGGAGAGACGAGGGAGAGCAUGAGGAGUAGGAGCAAGGAGAAGAGUAGAAGCAAAGACAGGGAGAAGAGCAUUAGCAAGGCUAGAAGCAGGAGCAAGAGCAGGGAUGACAGUAGGAGCAGGAGCCACAGUAAGGAUAAAAGGAAAAGUAGAAAGAGAAGCAGGGAUGAGAGCAGAAGUAGAAGCAGGAGUCGCAGCAAGAGUGAGAAAAGCAAGAAGCGCAGCAAGCGAGACAGCAAACCGAGUAGCAAGAAGAAAAGGAAGGACAGCCAUGAGCGGUCCAGGUCAGCCUCCAAAGAAAAGGAGCAUCUAAAAUCAGAUUCUGAGAAAAAGGAGGCAAAAGGUGAGGGUGAGGAUGCAGCCGCACGUCGGGCAUCUCGCUCCAGGUCUAGGUCAAUUUCCAAGUCAAAACCAAAUGUCAAAUCAGAUUCUCGUUCCAGGUCUAAAUCUGUUUCAAAGCCUAGGUCCCGGUCCAAGUCUAGAUCUAGGUCUGCCUCUAGGUCACGCUCCCGAUCACGGUCAAGGUCUCGCUCCAGAUCCUAACCUUGCUGCAACCACACUCGAAACGGUCAGAAAAGUCUUUUGUACAUGUUUUAGUAGUUGUAGCGCAAGUGAUUGAAGUAGAAAACAUGUCGAUGCUGUAUAUUUUUAACAACCCUGAUGGUAUGUCUGUCAUUGUUAACUGCGGUGCUCCCUCCCUGCAACGCGCUCUGGUGCAAGGCUGUUCAGCUCAUUUUCUAUCCCAUAGAAAGGUUCUCUUUAAAUAUAACUCUUCCUAGAGCACCAAAAUUGCCCUGUUUUCCAGGAAAAGCCUUGCAGAGAAUGAGCACUGCGCCUUGGUGCGUUUAUGAGAUUGCAGUGAUGACUGAUAGGUAGGUAUGACGGCUUCAACAGUCUUUGCCCUUGAAUCGAUGCCCUUUGAUGUAUGCCAUUUAGUGGAAGUGCUAAGUUUUAAGUUUCAUACUACUUUUGUUUCAUAUUUUUUGGACUUACAAAGUUGUGAAUAGCACAGUCAAAAGGAAAAAAAAAAAAUAGGUACUUGCAGUAAUCCAUAGGGAAAAGAAGUAUAGUUCCAUAUUCUGGUAUUGUGACAAUAUUCUUGUUUUAUAUUAAAUUUUUUUAUUUUAUUUUUUUCCCUGUCUUGCAAAGUACAGUGAUUCCUGUUUCCAUGAAAUUUGAAUAAAGACUAUUUUUGCUUGACGA